UCCUUCCUUCCUUCCUUCCUUCCGUCCGUCCGUCCUUCCCUCCCUCCUUCCCCCCUCGCCCCACCCCGGCCGGCCCCAAAUGAGCGGUUCGCCCGCUGGAUCUACCGCCAGGACCUCGCCCCGCGCUCCCUCCCCGGCGGCCGCGCUGCUCCUGCCCCCGGCCGACCCCCUGCGCCAGGCGAACCGGCUGCCCAUCCGGGUGCUGAAGAUGCUGAGCGCGCACGGCGGCCACCUCCUGCACCCCGAGUACCUGCAGCCGCUGUCCUCCACGCCCGUCAGCCCCAUCGAGCUGGACGCCAAGAAGAGCCCGCUGGCGCUGCUGGCGCAGACGUGCUCGCAGAUCGGCAAGCCCGACCCGCCGCCCUCCUCCAAGCUCAACGCCGUGGCCGCCAGCGCCGCGCUGCCCGGCCCGGACAAGGAGCCCAGCGCCCGCCCGGCCGCCGCCGCCGCCGCCGCGCUCAAGCCGCUGGACGCGCCCCCCGACGACAAGUCCAGCUUCAAGCCCUACUCCAAGGGCGGCGAGCCCCGCAAGGACGGCGCGGCCCCGGGCUCCGGCCCCGGCCCCGGGCCCGGCACGGACAAAGCGGGCUUCCGCGUGCCCAGCGCGGCGUGCCAGCCCUUCCCGCCGCCGCCCGCCGCCUCGCCCGCCGCCUCGCCGCAGCACGCGGACUGCAAGGGCCCCGAGGACAAGAAGGAGGCCGAGGCGGCCGCCAAGCCCAGCCCCGACGGGGAGCCGGCGUCCGGGCGCAAGUCCGAGCCGCCCGCGCUGGCCCCCGCCGGCCAUGUGGCCCCCGUGUCGCCCUACAAGCCGGGCCACUCCGUCUUCCCCCUGCCGCCCUCCAGCAUCGGCUACCACGGCUCCAUCGUGGGCGCCUACGCUGGCUACCCGUCCCAGUUCGUGCCCGGUCUGGAUCCUACCAAGCCCGGGCUGGUGAGCGGCCAGCUGCCGGGCGCCUUGGGCCUGCCGGGCAAGCCGCCCAGCUCCAGCCCGCUGACCGGGGCCUCGCCGCCCUCCUUCAUGCAGGGAUUAUGCCGGGACCCCUAUUGCUUGAGCUACCACAGCGCCUCGCACCUGGGCACCAGCAACUGCUCCAGCUGCGUGCACGACCCGGGCAGCCUGAAGAGCGGCUACCCGCUGGUGUACCCCACGCACCCGCUGCACUCGGUGCACACCACCCUGUCCUCCAGCGCCACGCCCAGCCUGCCCGGCCACCCGCUCUACACCUACGGCUUCAUGCUCCAGAACGACCCCCUGCCCCACAUAUGCAACUGGGUGUCGGCCAGCGGACCCUGCGACAAGAGGUUUGCCACCUCGGAGGAACUGCUCACUCACCUACGGACUCACACGGCUCUCCCCGGGGCGGAGAAACUCUUGGCUGGCUACCCUACCUCUGGCCUCGGCUCUGCCGCUUCCUGCCACCUCCACCUCCCGCCCACUGCCCCCGGGAGCCCCAACACAUUACCGGGAUCUCUGUCUUUGAGGAGUCCACACACUUUGGGACUGAACAGGUACCACCCGUACGGCAAGAGCCACUUGCCCACAGCCGGGGCUCUGCCCGUGCCCUCCUUGCCAGCAGCUGGACCUUACUAUUCUCCAUAUGCGCUGUAUGGCCAAAGACUAACUUCAGCUUCUGCGCUUGGAUAUCAGUAACUAAAGCGGCCCUCUCCUCUCCGACCCAGCUCUUGUCCCUCCUUCGCUCCCGUCACUUCCCUCGGACUGUGUAUUUAUUUACUGUAUGUUAGCUUAAAGCUGGGAAUAUAAGUGCAUUAAUACACCAAUGAAUCAAUGGUAUGCAAAAAGUCUGUGUCCAAAAAAAAAAAAAAAGAAUCCUUUCCUUUGCAGGUGUGGGGCUUUUAUUUGUUCCUUUAUUCUUCCCUCCCUCCCUCCCCCCCCCCCCCCAUUUUUGGGUUUUGUUUGAUUUUUUUUUUUUCCAUUUUUAUUUUAUAUAUCCCCUCCCCUCCCUGGGAAUUUCUUGCAUGACUUCUGACAAGUACAUUUCGCCCUCCCCACCCUUCCCCCCGUUUUAUCAUUUCGAAAUCCCCUUUCUCUUUGUUUGUACAGUUACCAGAGAUGUAAUAUUUUUUGUAAUGUAUUUUGGGGAAGGGGCAGCCGUGGGGAGGGUGUGGGGGCGGCUGGGAGGAAGCCUGGCAGCGCUACCCCAGGAGCUCUCUUCAUCCCAAAAUGCGGCUCUGCCUGCCAAAGCCGAGGUGGCCUCCCCUGACUGCGUGGAAGCAGGUGGAUGCUCUGCGUUCCUUUGCAGAGCUUGAGAAAGCACAGAGGAGUUGCCAUGCUGGGUCGGGCCAGCGGACCAGCUCAUCCUGUCUCGUGAAUCCUGUCCUGCUCUCCUGCGAUUGGAAAAUAUGCCUUGUCUUCCAGUGGGCUCCGAUACAGACUUAGCACUAGCGUGCCGCUCAGCCUGGCCCCCGGACUCCGCAGCUAAUACUCCAGGAGUCCAUCGAUGCCCGGGCAAGCGGGGCCGUGCCGCUGCAAAUGAUACGCUCGUGCUAGCUGGCGCAUCGCAGGGCACCCGCUCCAAUGUAGAAGAAGGUGACUUUCAGAAUCCAAUGCCCUUGUUGGCUUGGAGGGGGAAGCCUCCCCCCCUCCCUUCUUGGUAGCAGAUGCAGCUAGAACUUGCCAGGCCUAAGAUCGUUCAAUGCAGCCCCCGGGGCCUGCCUCACCUCAAUCUGGUUGCUGCAGGCCCAAUCUACAUACCAAAAAAAAAAAGCGAGAAACAGGCCCUCCCCGAGCCCCAGCUUUUCUUGACCUACAGGAAUGAACAGUGAGCGGGGUGCGGACCCCCCCUUGCCCGGUCUAGUGCAGCGUGGAGGGCUGUGGAUCAUUUGGGGUGAAUAGAGCUCCACCUUGGUAAGUCUUAUUUUGUUAAUAAAUGAAUACUUGGUUAUAUUCA